AAGAUGGGUAAGAAAACACGUCUGGGGGUGUUAAAUCUCAAAAAUGUAAUUAAUUGGAAUCGUAAUAUUGUAAUCACUUCAAAUACACUUUGAAAUGCGAUAGAAUGCGUAUCAAAGUCACACCGUGUCAUCAUAAAUUGUUUUAUUUUUAACAACUAAACCGGAAGUUGCAUUUCCAGUCUACUCUGACGCUGCUAACGUUGAGCCAUUCAUAUUAAGCUAACUGCUUCAUCACCGGCCGCCUCGGUGUUUUCGAGGUUCAUCACCGGUGUUAGCUAUAGUGCGACAGUUUAAUAAUAAUUAUAAUAAAAAAUGGCUCUGCUAACGCCGUUAUUCGCUUUCUUGUACCACCUGCCGCAGGUGUACAAGUGGCUGCUGAAGCCCUACUAUAUAGCCUCUCUCUUCAUGUCUAUAGCCUUUCUAGCUGUCCGCAAGACGCCUGGCAUCUGCGACCACCUUUCCACACAGCGAGAGGACGGCAACUCCUGCGACUUCGACUGGAGGGAGGUGGAGAUCCUCAUGUUUCUCAGUGCCAUCGUCAUGAUGAAGAAUAGAAGAGCGAUUACUGUGGAGCAGCAUGUGGGCAACAUCAUCCUGUUCAGCAAAGUGGCCAAUGUCAUCCUGUUCUUCAGACUGGAUAUCAGGAUGGGACUGCUUUACCUGACGCUCUGCAUAGUGUUUUUGAUGACCUGUAAGCCUCCUCUUUACAUGGGACCGGAGUACAUCAAAUACUUCAGCGACAAAACCAUUGAUGAUGAGCUGGAAAGAGACACUCGCGUGACGUGGAUCGUUGAAUUUUUCGCCAACUGGUCUCCGGAGUGCCAGUCCUUCGCUUCUGUCUACGCUGAUCUCUCUCUCAAGUAUAAUUGCUCCGGUCUCAAGUUUGGAAAAGUGGACGUCGGACGUUACGGAGAGGUUUCCAAAAAGUACAAGGUGUCUACCUCUCCGCUGUCCAAACAGCUUCCCUCCUUGGUGCUGUUUCAGGGAGGAAAGGAGGUGAUGCGGCGCCCACAGGUAGACAAGAAGGGCAGAGCUGUAUCCUGGAGCUUCACUGAGGAGAACAUCAUCCGAGAGUUCAACCUGAACGAGCUCUACCAGAAAUCCAAGAAACUCAACAAGACCAAAGGAGACAAGAUCAGCCAGUCCCAGUUCCCACCGGUCCCCGAGGAGGACGAGCCAGAGCAGCAGGGAGCCCUCGCAGAGGAGGUGGAGUCUGAAUCCAAGAAGGACAAAUAAGACGGUUUGAACUCACUCAGCUUUCACUCCUGGAUGGAACUUGUGGGUCCAGGUCAGCUCCUCCUCCUCUUCCUCUUCCCUCUCCUCUUCAAAGUGUUCAGUUUGCUCACUCGUGAACCAGAACAGGGCUGGUGUCGCUGUGGAUCAUCGUGCGAGUGAUUUGUCUCUCUUCAGCACCAUUAACCCCUAAAGCCCUGUUAAACCCACAAAUUAAACAGUGGAGCGGCUACAGCGACCUCACUUUGUUUUCCCUUUAUAAAAGAACAAAGACAACAAGUGUAGACUUUAGCAGAGGAGCAAACUGGGAUACAGUAAACCAGCUUUUUGAGGAGGUUGUAAAAACCAGUCCAGUGUAUCAGUGAAAGACCUGGAAAUGUGCUGCGUGGACUCUGUUAUUAGUCUACACUGCACAUUUCUGAUGGUCAAAGCUGUGAAGUCUGAGUGACUGCUGAUUUAGGAGUCUACUAACGAACAGUAAGGGAGCAGUGAAUGUGAUGCUACUUUGUUGUUUUAGAUUUUUUUUAUGCAACUAAUUAAAUUAAAUUAGAGUAGAUUUUUUAAAAUCAUUCUAUGAAUAACUGUAUAUUAAUGUAAACUAAGUUAUAACUCAGUGGCUGUUUUGACAUAGACUUGCUUUGCAGUGUUAAACAUUACAUUCAAGUUCUGGCUGGUUUUGGUCUGAUAUCAGAGAUUCAAUUUGGGAGCGCUUAUUUAACAUCAACGCAUCUGCGGUUGGGGGUCGGGUGGUGUUACCCAGCAUCCCUGUUCAUCCCACAGACUUGAAUGUGUACUAAUGUGGACAGACCAAGCUCAACUAGUCAUUCCAUUAAUUUCAAUUUAUUUUGACAGAUUUAAACUCUCCUUUGUUGUUUUUUUAUACAGUGUCUGUGCCUCUCAGAGAGAGAUUAAUAUCUUUAGCUCUCAGUUGUUUGUUCAUGGCUAACUUGGGAGUCAUUUUCUUUGUUAAAAACACUUUUCAGGCUUCUGAUUGGGUGUCAUUUUUUUUUGAUUAUUCUUAUUCUGCCAACAAGGUAUCUAUGCUCCAGCUUCAGCAUCCACUGAUACGCUAUGUUUUUAAGUUUCUUGACCUUCAGUCAGUUUUGUUAAUCCUGAUCAUCAGCCCCUCCAGGAUGCUGCCAUGUAGUCACGGCAACAGUUAACACAAAUUCAACCAAUCUCAGCGAAGUCUGCGCAACCAUGCAAUUUCCUCAAAUCACUGCAACUUCUCUGCAAAUUUGACCAAUUAUAGCACUCCUCCACAUAACUUGAAUCAAAUGCACAUCCUUGUUUCUGGUUGUGAAGAUGCAGAUGGAAGUGACACAAACACUAACAGAUAAAAAAAAAUACUGUACAACUUUUCUUGAGCAGAGAAAAGCGAUUUACAAAUCUGUAACGUCAUCACAGUGUAAAAUCUGAGUCGACUGGGAAUUCACAGGCGGGGCCAGCGGGAGAAACACUGCUGUGCAUAUUCAGUAGUUUGCAUGCCAUGAAUGUAAGCCUGGAAGCCAGAUUUUUUUUCUUUUUUUUGGCAUUUGUGCCAGGUGAACAAUUUUAUAGGCCUCAAUAGACGGCAUCGUGGGGUCUAAUAUCUAGUUAUUAAUAUACAUCUAUGCCAGAUACCUGCAGAACUUAAUAACGUUCCCAUCACAUCAGCAUGUUAGCAUCGUCACUGUGAGCAUGUUUGCAUGCUGAUGUUAGUUAGCAAGUACAACCACAGCUGCGAGCAUGUCUGUGGAAUCAAAUCAUCGCAAACAAAUAACAAUAUGUCAGAAAUCAUCCACAACCCAGUCGUCUUCACAUCAAGUGAUCCCACAUUGGGUCCUAGGCGUGGGGUUGAGAAACUGUGUGCUAUUGGAAACCAACAGAGCUCACCUGAACGCGCUGCAGAACUGUUGGCAGUCAAACAACAGUGAACAGUGUUUGUCAGAUUUGCUCCCAUCAUUAGACAGUACUGUGAUUCUGGUACAUAGAUUGUCAUUAACUGAACCUUUAAGACUCAAUUUUUGGAUUUAAGAAGCUUUGGUGAUUUAGAAUUUCCACAUUUGUUUCCAUAAAUUGCAAUUUUAUUUGUGUUUGUUUGUUUUUCUGUUCUGUUCUGUUAGUAAAAGGUAGAAAAAAUAAGAGUUUUGGGAGCAAUUAAUCCCCUUUUUCCAACUCACUUGCAAACAUUCCUGAUCAAGAUUUUGAUCUUUUUUCCUUUGUCGUCAUAAACUGGUACAUAUGCACACAUACUGUUUAAAUGUGCUUUUCUUUUUUAAGAUACUGUGAGUUUAUUUCCGUAAUCAUUCUUUUAUUACUAAAACUGUUGUUUUGUAUUUGUUGACUCCUUGUGAAACUGAUUUGACCUUAUGUUGCAUUUUAUUUGAGCUGCAUUUCAAGGCUUGUAUGUAUAUUUGCUCCUGUACAUGAAUGGAGAAAUCUGCUGAAAAGACCUCAGAAGUCUGGCCUGUUUUUUUGUUAUUCAUGCAAUAAAACAAUGUGCACAUGAA